AUGCUUGCCCCCGUAUUUCGUCGCGCCCCUCAAUUCGCUUCCCACCGGUUGUUUCACACCUCGAGAAUCGCAAUGUCCACUACCCAAAUCAACAUCAUCAAGGAAGGUGACGGUAAGACCUUCCCCAAGCCCGGUGACACCGUCACCAUUCACUACACCGGUACCCUUGACAACGGCAAGAAGUUCGACUCGCUGAGAGACCGUGGCAAGCCCUUCCAAUGUGUCAUUGGUCAAGGCCAAGUCAUCCAAGGCUGGGACAAGGGUAUUCCCCAAUUGUCCAAGGGCACUCAAGCUCAAUUGACCAUCCCCGGCCACGAAGCUUACGGCGCCAGAGGCUUCCCCCCCAUCAUCCCUCCUAACGCCACCUUGAUCUUCGACGUCGAAUUGUUGGAUGUCAACUAA